UAUGCUUUUUGUUUCAAACAAAAGUAAUUCUCUGUCAACCCCCUCCCUCCAAUCCAAAUAAUAAUAAUAUGAAAACUCUUAGAUUGAUCCUUUAGUUAACCAUGUUGUUAGAAAGAUCAAAUUAAUAAUCCAAGCAAAAGAUGUGGAAGCUGAAGUUUUCAGAAAGCAAAGAGAGUAGUGAAGAGUUGGUUAUAAGUGUGAAUAAGCACCUUGGAAGACAAUUUUGGGAGUUCGAUCCAUAUCUUGGAACUGAACAUGAACGAGCUCAAGUGGAACAAGCAUGCAAACAAUUUAACCACAAUCGUUUCAUGAAUAAAAACAGUUCUGAUCUCUUAAUGAGAUUCCAGUUUGAGAGGGAAAAAGGUUACAAGAAAAAGGAGAAAGUGAGAAAGGAAUUAGUUGAAGAUGAAAUUACUGAGAAAACAGUGAGAAAGACACUAAAAAGAGCAUUGAAAUGUUACUCAAAUCUACAGGCUGAGGAUGGUUUUUGGCCUGGUGACUAUGGUGGCCCAUUGUUUCUUAUGCCUUCUUUGGUGAUAGGAUUAUGGGUGACUGGGGCCCUUAAUGCAGUGUUAACUCCUGAGCAUCAAACCGAAAUGCGACGCUAUCUUUUUAACCACCAGAACAAAGAUGGAGGGUGGGGAUUACAUAUAGACGGGCACAGCACAAUGUUUGGCACAACUAUGAGCUAUGUGACGUUGAGAUUGCUUGGAGAAGAAAUCGACGGUGGAGAUGGCGCCAUCGAGAAAGCAAGAAAGUGGAUUCUUGAUCGUGGGGGUGCCACUUCUAUUCCUUCAUGGGGCAAACUUUGGCUUUCAGUACUUGGUGUAUACGAAUGGAGUGGAGUGAAACCAAUACCUCCAGAGAUAUGGCUGCUUCCCUACUUUGUUCCUUUGCAUCCAGGAAGGAUGUGGUGUCAUACAAGACUUGUAUAUCUACCAAUGUCAUAUUUGUAUGGUAGAAGAUUUGUGGGUCCAUUCAGCUCCAUUGUUUUAUCUCUCAGAAAAGAGCUCUAUACAUUUCCUUAUCAUCUACUUCAUUGGGACCACGCUAAAUACCAAUGUGCUAAUGAAGAUUUGUAUCAUCCAUGUCCAAUGAUACAGAAUGUUUUAUGGGGUUUUCUUGAUUAUGUUGGAGAACCUCUUCUCAUGCAUUGGCCUUACUCCAAACUAAGAAAUAAAGCACUUAAUCAUGUUAUGAAGCAUAUACACUACGAGGAUCAAAACACUAACUACAUCUGCAUUGGUCCUGUUAAUAAGGUGCUAAACAUGGUUUGUUGCUGGUUGGAAAAUCCCAAUUCUGACGCAUUUAAGUAUCACAUUUCAAGAAUCAAAGACUAUCUCUGGCUAGCUGAGGAUGGAAUGAAAAUGCAGGGAUAUAAUGGUUCUCAGUGUUGGGAUGUUGCAUUAUCUGUCCAAGCUAUCUUGGCUACCAAACUGGAUCAUGAAUACGGUUCAAUGCUUAAGAAAGCAAAUAAUUUCAUAAAAGGCUCACAGGUUACAAUGAACAGAUCUGGUAAUACUAGUUGCUGGUAUCGCCACAUUUCUAAAGGUGGUUGGACUUUCUCAACUCAAGACAAUGGUUGGCCUGUAUCUGAUUGCACUGCAGAAGGCUUGAAGGCUGCCAUUUUGUUAUCAAACUUGCCAUUUGAGACUGUUGGGAAAGCAGUGGAAACAGAACAAAUAUGCAAUGCAGUUAAUUUGAUUUUAUCCCUGCAGAAUAGAAAUGGUGGAUAUGCAUCCUAUGAGCUCACAAGAUCUUAUACAUGGCUGGAGAAAAUAAAUCCAACUGAAAUGUUUGAAGAUAUCACCAUUGAUUAUCAGUACGUAGAGUGUACAUCAGCAGCGAUUCAAGGUCUCGCCUUAUUCACACAACGAUAUCCGCGACACAGGAGGACGGAAAUAGAUACUUGCAUUGCUAAGGCUGCAGACUAUAUUGAAAGCAUACAGUUAGCUGAUGGCUCAUGGUAUGGAUCAUGGGGAAUAUGCUUUACAUAUGGGACAUGGUUUGGAAUAAAAGGGCUUAUAGCUGCUGGUAAGAGGUACAAAGAUAGCAAAAGCAUUAGAAAGGCAUGUGAAUUUUUGCUUUCUAAACAGCACAAGGUUUCUGGUGGAUGGGGUGAGAGCUAUCUCUCAUGCCAAUUAAAGGUAUACACAAAUCUGGAAGGAAACAAGUCUCAUGUAGUGAACACUGCUUGGGCUAUGUUGGCACUUAUUGAAGCUGGCCAGGCCGAAAGAGAUCCAGCUCCUUUGCAUCAUGCCGCAAAGGUAUUGAUUAAUUCACAAAUGGAAAACGGGGAGUUUCCUCAACAGGAAAUGAUUGGAGCCUUCAACAAGAAUUGUGCUAUCAAUUACUCAGCAUACAGAAACAUUUUCCCCAUAUGGGCCCUUGGUGAAUAUCGAAGUCGCGUACUGCUUUGUCCCGACAAAGAGUCCAGAGCAACUGUAUAAUAAUCAGCUACACAACACAACUGCCAGAAAGGGAGAAGGAGGAAAAACAAAAGUGCACUAAGAGCUGCAAAGUUUAUGUUGAAUACAAACAUUUAUGUGAAAUGUAAAAUUGUAAAAAUUGUGGUUUAACUGAUACAAAAGCCGUACAAUUUUCUUUAGGAAUUCCACGCUACUAGUCUACUUAACUUACAAUAAACAAUUGUGCCUUGAUUUACUUCAUGUAUAGAACACAGUUGUAGAUAAUAAUGUAUGCAACUCAAACUUAAACCAUCGUAAAACCAAAAGUUCAGAACACUACACUUUUAUGCAUAGCAAAA